AUGACUCAUCCACAAAGACUGUAUAGUUAUGAAUUGGUUUGGCUAGCAAUGGCGGAAGCCGGACCAGAAGGUCGCACACGCACUCGUUGUCCAUUUGCUUCAACCACUUGCAGCACUCUUGUUGCGCAAACGUCUCUUCUCUGUGUCGAUGAUGGUGUCGGUGGUGGUGGCGGUGGUGUCGACGGCGGUGGUGAUCGUCGUGGCUGUUGUCGUCAUUAUUGUGGUGGUCGCUGUCAUGAUCAUGGUCGUUAUUAUGGUCAUUGUGAUCAUUGUCAUGGUCGUGGUUAUGGUUAUGGUCAUCGUGAUCACGGUCACGAUCACGGUCGUGGUCGUGGUCAUCGUCAUCAUCAUGGUCAUCGUCAUGGUCGUGAUCGUGGUCAUCAUCGUGGUCGUGGUCAUCAUCAUCAUCGUGGUCAUCGUCAUGAUCGUGGUCGUGGUCAUGGUCAUGGUCAUGGUCGUGGUGGUCAUGGUCAGGAGGCGGGGGAGCGAUGGGAGGAGGAGGUGGGGUAAUGGGGGCAGGUGGUGGGACAGUGUGCAUUGGGAGACGUGAGCAGGCGUAGU